GAUAUAAACAAUUUUAUUAGAGAGCAUAUAUAUAAUAUAUAGCACUCUAAAUUAUUAAAUUUUGAAUUUUUGUGUUGCCCCGUAGUUUAAUUAGGGCAAAACUAAUUUUAUAACUGCAUAAACGUUAGAAGGCUUUCAUAAGACGCGGCAUUAAUAAACGCGGGGUGGUGGUGGUGCAACACAAUUCGUUUUCCUCGAAUGUUCAUAUUGAAAUUAAUUAAUCUUCUCUCUUAGGUUCGCAGCUAAUCUCUAUAAAUUAAAAAGCACUUCAAUCAGCAUCAUGAACGUUAAUGUGAAAUUAAUAUAAUCCUUCUUGAUAAGUGAUAGUUCGUUCUUAGUAAGUAGUGAUCUGAUAGCCCUACAUACAAAGAUCAAGUUAACUUUACGCAGCUUAAACUAGCGGGUUUUAGUUGUUGAAUUUGAAUAAUAUUGAUUAUUGUGUUUCUAAAAUGAACACACUAAGCCAAGCUGGAGACUUAAAGCGGAGACGUGAGGAGGGAGGCAUCUGUAUCAGGACUGGAAAAUAUGUGAAGCUCAACAUAGAAACGGAAAUCGUGCCGGCUCUCACAAAAUUCAUUCGGAAAGUGGUAAAGGAGGAGUUGGAGAGCAAACUGUCCGUGGCGGAGCUCAAAGCAUCACUACAUUCAGGCGUAACGACGACAUCUGCUAGGGCGGCGGAGAAACGCUACAAGUUGGUUUUCAAGGGUGAUUUGGGUGAUACAAUUUAUAAAGACUCCAAAAUCAAAGCGAAAGAAAAUGAUGUUGAGGUUUCUCUAUAUGAUACUGUGAGUAAUUCAGUAGUAACACAUGGCCCACUGUCUUCCAUUAAGGUCGAGAUUUGUGCCCUCAACGGCGAUUUCGGCUCCAAUGGAAGGUGGAGCACAAGCGAAUUCAAGCACAACAUCGUUCACCAAAGAGAAGAUAAAGCCAUGUUACUAAAAGGAAAAACGGUUAUCACACUAAAGGAAGGAGUUGGUCACAUCAACAUGAGCUUCACCGGUAACUCAAAGCGUACAAGAAGCAGCCGUUACAGAUUAGGAGCCAUUGUUCACUUACCUUGUCAUCAACAACACGUCGGAGAAGCUGUAAGCAAUCCUUUCAGGGUCAAGGAAAGCAGAGGGAAUAAGAAGCAUUACCCUCCCUCACCUAAGGACGAAAUAUGGCGAUUGGUCAACAUAUCAAAAGAUGGUCACGUCCAUGACCGCCUCUUUCGUCACCUUAAAAUCCAAACUGUUGAGGAUCUCUUGCGUUUUGACAACCCCACCGAUCUUCCUUUGUUACAAAAGACAUUUGGCCAAAGUCCAAGAAAGCUGAGGGAAACACUUAAGCAUGCUAAGACUAGUUGUUAUCCUCCGCCGGCAGUGACAUGUCAAGGACAAAAGUGUCAUCCGCAGAAUAUUAUCAUCAACUCCGAUGAUGAUAAGCAGCAUGUUGAGGAGACACUAGCAUUUGCACAUACCUUUCCAGGCCCAAUGGCAAGUCUACAACAUCAAGAUCAACUAGGAACGGGGCAAGAUUUUGUCCAACCUUCUACCUCAACACCACACGUUGCUGGAGCAGAUAACAAUGGCCAGUUUGAUUUUGAAAAAGAACUGUUUGAGCUACUAUAUAUCCCCUGAAACGCGCAUAGAAGGGAAUAAUUAUUGGGAUUAUUGUUUCUGAUGAGUUCAUAUGACAUUUUAAUAUGGCAAUUUCUAUAUUGUAUGUGUGGGAAUAAUUGAAAUGCAUGGGGGCGAAGAUGUAUAGCACUUAUUAGGCUCUCUCUAUAGUUUAUAUAUAGCUAUUUGAAGAACUUUGAAAGACAAACACAUACGGCAGUGUUUGGCAAUGGGCCGGGUAACUUUAUUCAAUUAUAAUUUAGGUAUUUAUUUGUAUUUGUUAAUUUUUUUAAUCAAUAAAAACAAUUAUUAUCAUUUAA